AUGUCAUUGACUGUAAAUUUAAUAAAUAAAAUAAAAAUAAUAAAAAUAUUUAAUUAAAGAAAAAUUACAAAAAUAGAAAAUAUAUAUAAAAGUGUAAUUGAAGAUAGAAAUAAUAGUAAAAUGAAUUUCGAAUUGAUGAAAAAUGUUUCGAUUGAGACAAAUGAUUUAUCAAGUCAUAUAAAUGUUUCAAUUGAUAAAUUAUUGAUAAAUAAUAAUCAAGUAUCAGAUAAACAUGAUGCAUUAAUAAUAAUUGUACCAAUAACAAUAAUAUAUAUUGCAAUAUUUAUAACUGGUCUUAUUGGAAAUAUAUCAACUUGUGUUGUUAUUGCUAAAAAUCGUUCAAUGCAUACAGCAACAAAUUAUUAUUUAUUUAGUCUUGCAAUAUCUGAUUUGUUACUUUUAAUAUCUGGUUUACCACCAGAAAUGUAUUACAUGUGGUCACAUUAUCCAUAUAUAUUUGGUGAAACAUUUUGUAUAAUAUCAUCAUUUGCGGCUGAGACAUCUGCAAAUGCAACUGUUCUAACAAUCACUGCAUUUACUGUUGAAAGAUAUGUUGCAAUUUGUCAUCCAUUUUUGUCUCACACAAUGUCUAAGCUAUCACGUGCAAUAAAAUACGUAAUUUUCAUAUGGUUUUUUGCAUUGUGUUUAGCAAUACCACAAGCAAUACAAUUUGGAAUAAUAUAUGAAUUUGAUAAAAAUGGUGCGAAGCUACCAGAUUCAGCAACAUGUUCAGUUAAAUGGAAAAUUCUUGAUCAUGCAUUUGAAAUUUCGACAAUUAUAUUUUUUGUUUUACCAAUGACAAUAAUAACAGUACUAUAUAUAUUAAUUGGCAUGAAUUUACGUGAUUCAAGAAUACUUAUUUCUGUUAAACGUAAUAAUAUACCUGGAAGUUUAAAUAACACUGAAAGUGGAAGAUCAAGAGUAGCGUCACAAAGAAAUAUCAUUCGAAUGCUCGUAUUUGUUACAGUUGCAUUUGGUGUUUGUUGGGCUCCAUUUCAUGCUCAAAGAUUACUUGCUGUUUAUGCUAAAAGUCUUGGUUCACAAAUUGAAACAGAUUUAUCAACAGUCUACAAAAUAGUGACAUAUAUUUCUGGAAUAUUAUAUUUUCUUUCAACAACGGUUAAUCCACUUUUAUACAACAUCAUGUCAAACAAGUUUCGUGAAGCAUUCAAGUCAAUGUUGGCUGAACAUUGUGGAGGAAGAUCACUUCAAACAACAAGUCCACGUCGUUUAACAUACAGUAGUUUAUCACGUUAUAAUAAUAAAUCAAUAAUUAAAAAACAAGAAAAAAAUUCAGGAUCAUAUUCUGGCAGUGAUGAGACACAACGUUUAACAACAAUAAAACGUAUUGAUAAAAUUGAUAAAUUAAAUAUUGAAAAUAAUGAUUUACCAAUAAUAAUAAAAGAUAAUAAAAAUAAAAAUAUUAAUAUUAAUAAGUUAUCAUCAAGUAAAAUUAAUUUAGUUGAGCCAAAAGUUAUUUGUCAUAUUGUUAAUGAUGAUAAUUGUGAAUGGAAUAAAAAUCAUUUACAGACAAAUGAUAAUUGCCAAAAUCAAAUAACAAUUGUAACAUCAUUAGCUAAAAGUUUUAAUGAAGGAUGUCAUAAUAAUGGUGGGCUAUCACAUGCACCAGUUAAUUUAUGUUUAAAUAAAAGUCAACGUUCUCAUAAAACUGUUUCACUUGGUGUACUUGCUGAACGAUUUAGAUCUGGAACAAAGGGUCUAUUCACUAAUCAAAAUAGACAACAAAAAAGUGAUAAUAAUAAUUUACAACAACAAAAUGUACAAACUAAAAUUCAGCAUACAUUGAGUAUUGGUAGUGCAAAUACAAUAAGUAAUUCAAGUCUUCAAGAUUUAGAUGAAACUGAAUUUACUGGCUCUGAAUUGGCACGUUACAUGGGCGAGUUAAAUUACGAUAUUAUUACAUAAAUUUACAUUAAAAAUAAUUACAAGCUCUACUCUUUAAUAUCACAAAAAAAAAUCCA